UCGUACAUCGUACUACAUAUGAAUGAAGGCGACCAUCCGUGGAUUGACGGUGUGGAUCCAGAAGAUUCCAGAUGUGUGGUUCCGGCAGCAGCGCCUACCCGGAUGCGUGCUUCAUCACGGACUAAUCCACAUGUAAGUCUUUUGCCUUAA